UCAAGUGACAUGUCGUCUUUGUCAGCAUACCCCACUACGUCAUUGAAACAUCUCCACUGAACGGGUCUUUUACCCCUUGGCAUCUCAUCGUCAACAUGGCGCAUCCAGAGCAAACCAACAAAGGCCGCGUUGUCGGCGACUUAUCAUGUCAAUCAGAUUCAUACCUCAAGACUCUCGACACAGAAGUAAUCUCAUGCGAAAAGGCGCCGAAACAUGCGCACAAGUCAAAGAAGAGCAGUAGACAUUCUCAUUCGCAUGAUGAGUGGUUAAUCGAGUGUGCGGACUCGGUGCUGUUUCCAGAAGGUGGCGGUCAACCUUCGGAUCAUGGCACAAUUACGCCCCUCUCAGGCUCAGAUCAAACCCCAAUCCCCAUCAAGAACGCUCAGCGCCAAGGUCUCCGCUGCAUAAUCUACUCCCCUAAACCCCUAUCCCCAGGUGACAGAAUCCGUCAAGAAGUAGACUGGAAGCGAAGAUGGGAUCACAUGCAGCAACAUACCGGUCAACAUCUUCUCUCCGCCGUGAUGCAGAACCGUCAUGAUCUCAAGACUCUCGGUUGGGGAAUGGGCGCUGCAGAUACUAUGAAUUACGUUGACUUGCAGCGGAAACCAACGGAGGAGGAGAUGCAGGCUAUUCAGAAUGAGUGUGCAGAGUUGAUUCGUGAGAAUUUGCCGAUUCGGGUUGAGACGCCGGAUGAUGCGAAGCAUGAUAAACUUCCUGGUGAUUAUGAUAAGUCUGAUGGUGUUGUGCGCGUUAUUCACAUUGGUGAUCUUGAUACAAACACAUGUUGCGGAACUCACCUCUCCCAAACAUCACACAUCUCCCUUAUAAUCCUCGGCUCAACACAAUCCGUCCACGGAAAGAACUGUCGUCUUUCCUUCAUAACUGGCGAUCGAGCCAUCAACCUCGCCACAUCCUCCGUCAACGCCAUCAGCUCCAUCGCAAAGCUCCUCUCGUCCAGCAACGUCCCCAGCGAAGUGGUUUCCCGAACAACAGCUCUUUCAGAUACAGUCACCGAGUUAAAACGAUCUGAGCGCAAGCUUUUACUUGAAGUCGCAAAGUUUGAAAGCGAGCAGGCUAUUAGAAUCAUUGUGCAGAACAGGAUGAAUGCGUAUAUUCAUCGAUAUGAUGGGAAUACAGAUUUUAUUAAUAAGAUUGUUGGGGAGACGAGGGACGUUCUCCAAGGAACAGGUUUUGUAGUUGUCAUUGCUAUUGGGGAACCGAAGGGUAGUGGACCGGUUGUUAUUGUCGGUGAUCAAGUUGCUGUUGAUGCGAUGGCGCAGAAGGUCAAGGCUGCCAUCAAGGAUAUCAAAGGCGGAGGAGCGGGGGGUAAAUGGCAAGGCAAGGUGAAGGAGUGGACGAAUGCGCAACUUCUGGCGUUGAAAGAGGUCGUCGAGUCGUGAGACUGCGGUCUAUUGUCUAGAUCUAUGGAACUCUAUGUAUCUCAUCCUAAAGAAACAAGUAGACC